UUUCAGAGGAACAGUCUUGGACUCAGGGACAGCUGCCAAGAUGUCUCAGUUGAGAUGGGAUUUCAAAACUGAUGGCUUGUCCGCGAACGUGCCUAGCUGGGGAGAUCAAAGUGGGUCAGGGUCAAGACGAAUGUCUCCUGAGGACUUUGGAGAGAGCCCUCAACCUGAAAAGCUGUCCAUCCCAGGUGAACUCCAGGACAAGGAGGCUCCCCGCUCCCCACCACCCAUCAUCCUUAACCAUCAUAUUCCCGACACCUCACCUAGCACUCAGCUAUUUACUGGGCUGCACCUGGCUGAGAUGGAGAAAAUGUUUGAGGAGGGCAUUGGCUCCACUAGAGCCAUGGACUUGGAAACUUUCAUCAGGACCAUGAAGAAGGUGCUGAACGAUGUGUCGGAGGAGGUGCUAGAGUCGGUGUUUUUCAAGGUGGAUUCGGAUGGUAACGGCUUUAUCACCUGGCCAAAGUAUGUGGACUACAUGAUGAGUGAGUUCCACGGCCUGGAAGAGAUGAGGAGGAGUCAGUACCGCCUGCGCUUCUACCUUCCCAUGCGGAUCAUUCCCCUACGGCAUGGAUGUGAGAUCGUGAAAGUAGAGUUUUUAGUGCAGCGGUUCAAGAAGAUCAAGUGUUUCCUGACUGUCACCAAGGACGGGGUCCUGCAGUUCUGGUCUGAGUCCUUCUUGCUGAUUAGCUCCUUUAAGCUCAGCCAGAUCCAGCAGCCCCACAACCAGCCGAUGUGGGUCAUCGACCUGGUGUGCCUGCACAACAUGAACCUCAUUGCGGUUUCAUCUACUGAACUGAAGAUAGAGUUCUUUGAUAUCAGUAACUAUAAAUGUGUCCGGGCCUUCACCUUGACUGAACUGGAUAGCUGUAUCCUGGUCAUGGACUACUGGUCUGAUUAUCACAAAGGUGUGUUUUGUCUUGGGGACACCAAGGGCAAUAUCAUCAUCUUCACCUCUGACAAUGUGGCCAAUGGGCUGUUCAACCCACGCAUCCUUCCUAGGACCUCCAAGUGGGAUAACUGGGUCAGCGUUUCCAUGCAGAAACUCUUAAAUGAGAAGUCCAUUUUGUACAGAAGUUACUGGCUGCCGGCUCUCCAUCCCAACUGGUGUCAGAAGGUCAAGUUUGUCCCUCAGAUGAACAUGGUGGUCUCCUGUUCAGCUGUCGAGAAGUCCUCUAUGGUGAUGACAAUGUUGCCAGCCAAAGACCUCGAGAAACCCAAGUUUUCAAUACUGAAUUUAAGAAAAGGAAUUCUUUGCUUUGAUUACUGCCCAGACAAGAACUUCCUGGUAACUGGCGGAUAUGACUCCCACAUCCGCUUGUGGAACCCCUUCAUCUCAAAAAGGCCUGUGUGGUUGAUGAAGGGACAUCAGACCUCAGUGACACAGAUCAUCGUGGACAGCAAGAACAGCAACAUCCUCAUCAGUAUCUCCAGGGACAAGAACAUCCGUGUGUGGGACCUGCAGGACUACGUGUGCCUCCAGACCUUCUCUGGGAAGCAUUUUGCCCUGGGAAACUACCCCAUCACCAGUGCCUACUUCCACACCAAUGGCAGUACCCUCAUCUGCAGUACCUACUCUAUUGGCAUCCUGAAAGGGUACUUGGAGGCCCAUGGGCCUAUGAAAUCAGGGAAGACCACAACUCACAAUUCAGCCCUGUGUGCUGUCCUCUACAGCAAGAUCUUCAAGCAGGUGGUGAGUGGCUGCCAGCAGGGCACAGUCAGCGUGUGGGAGAUCACGACGGGGAGGAAGAUGAUGGAGUUCUGCGUGUCCGGUGCCCGGCUCGUGGAGCUCACUGCCAUGGCCCUGGAUGCGUACGAGCGGUGCCUGCUCACGGGCUUGCUGGAUGGCACGAUGAAGAUGUGGAACUACAACACUGGAGAGUGUCUGCUGACUUUUCCCAACCCCGAUCAAGUGGAGAUAAGUGGCAUUGUUCAUAUGAACAAAAUGUACUACGUGACAGGAUGGAGUAAGAGGAUCACUAGUUUCAUGUUCCACAAGACCAAGCCAGUGCUUUUGUGCCACCACUGGCAGACCUUCCACACGGAGGACGUGCUCUGCAUGGCCAAGUACCAGAACCAGUUCCUUGCGACCUCCUCCUACAAUGGGGACAUCCUCUUCUGGAACAUCAACAUGAUGAAGCCCAUCUUGAACUUCAACGCCUCCAUGAGCCCCCUGCCCUUGCAGCCUGUGAAGGUCCGAGAAACGGAGGAAUGUGUGGCCAGCAGCCAUGGGCCUAGAAAAACCUGCAUAGAGAGGAGGUGGGCACACAAGACCACCAUGAAGCUCCCUGGCUCUUGCUGGAGGGCUGUGGAAAAGGCCAGCCUGAGGCGGACCCUGAUGUCAGCUCCUGUGCUGAUGAGACACUCAGGCUCCAAGGAGCCAGAGAGGCCUCUGUCCUACCAGGUAUCUUUUAGCACUGGCAGAUCCAAGUCAUCAGACAAGCUUCUUAACACAUGGUCAUUGCACAGAGAAUCUGAAUUAAGAAAAAAGGAGCCCCAGAAGAAAAUGGUGCUGCAAUCCAACGCAUCAGUGGAGAAGAUAAUCUUCCUGCAGACCAGGCCUCGCCUGCCACACACGGCUGCCAUGCUGAGCAGCUGCAUCGAUGGCUACAUCUAUGCUUGGUCCAUCCAUGGAAAUGGAGGCCUGCUAGGGAAGUUCCCUGUGGACCUGGAAGAUAAUGGGGAUGUUGUGGGUGCCAUGACCACUGAUGAAAAUGACUGGAUCCUUAUCACGGGAGAUUGCAAAGGACGCAUCAAGAUAUGGGACAUCAAAGAUUACUGCAUAUUUGUUGGUCAUCGGCCACCCCAAUCCAGUGGGAUGAAGAUCUCCACUGAAACAGAGAACAAGUUCCGGUUCUUAAUUCCUAAUCAGCUCCAGGCCAACAUUCCAUAUUAUAUUCCUCUGAAGGAGAAGGAGGUUGUGAAUGGCCAGACCAUUUCCCUAGUUCCCCCCACGCUCCUGAUUACCUGGAAGGGCCAUCUGGAGAGUGUAGCAGAUAUCCUGUAUGUGGACAGCUUGCAGCUGAUUAUCAGUGCUGGCCAGGACCGGGAUGUCAAGGCUUGGAAACUGUCUGGUGAUGCCAUUGGGACGUUUGGCCUGAGUGUUUGGAAAAGGGUCCAGAAUGCCAUGAUGGAUGGUCAAGAACAAAGUGCAAGCCCAGAGGAGAAGGCAGAUUUCACAGGCACCAUGCUCAGAGACUCCCGUCUGGAGCUACAAAGGGAUCUGGCCGAGGCACUGGCAUACCAGCAGCAGGAGCAGGUGGCCCUGAUGGCGCUCCUAAACGGGAAGGAGGAGGUGGAGGCUGCGGCCUGGAGCCGGCUGCAGAGGAUGGCCGAGACGUCCCCAUGGGCCCGAGAGCACUCGUUGGAGGACAUCGAGGAGAGCUGGAGCCAGUGGGAGUCCAAGGGCAAGCAGGUGAGCAAAGUCGUAGGAGCAGCGUAUAAGCCCAAGGGAAGGCUGCGGAGCCCCAGAGUCCUGUCUGCCAAUGUGAAUUACAGCUGGAUGAAACAGCAGGUGGAGAAACUGAGGAAGAGAGCAGGCCGUUUGCAUCUUCUAAGUGCCUGACAAGCCCUGCUCACACCUGGCUGCUUCCAAAGGAGGCCUGCUUAUCCCUACCAGCCCAGCACCAGUAGACAGGCUCAGCACCAUGCAGAGCUGGAAGUGUAACUCAGGCGGUGUGACCCUGGAGUAUGACGUGAACCAGUACAAUCUCCUGCCUCCUAAAGGGGAAGCAGAAGCUCAGCGAAGGAAAGAGGUUCAGCAGAAGUCACACAGCCAAAGUAUUUGUUCAUUCAUCAGGGCUUGAGCCUUUUGGAGAGAGAAUGUGGAUGGACCUGACCUGGAACAGCAUGUGCUAGGAUAGGGGUUCAGGAGUGGGGCAGGGGCUGCUGGAGGAUCUGGGACCAGGGGAGUUGAGGGCUUGCUGGAUAGUGAGUAGGGUGAGGCUAUGAAAGGCCCAGGGGCCAGUGGAGCAGCCUGGGGAGCAGGAGCUGCAGGGAGCUGGAUCGGGCUGCAGAGUGCACCUCCCACCCUAGCCCUGCUGAGUCUUUGUGGGGCUGGUCCCUCCCUGGCCAGGGUUUGUCACUGCUUUGCCUUCCUUUGUCCCACAGUAGCUCCUUGUGUCCAGCGGGCCGUUCGCAUCUUCUAAGUGCCUGACGAGCCCUGCUCACACCUGGCUGCUUUCAAAGGAGGCCUCCUUGUCCCUACCAGGCCAUUGCUUCCUCCUGACUCUGAGUGCUGGCAUCUUGGAGGUCCUGAGGGUGGGACUUAUCGAUGUGUCACCUGUGGAACUGGCACGAUGUGGGGCUCGCCAUGAAGACUAGAUGUUGGUCAGUGUCUGCUAAGCCAAGAGAUACUUGCUCUGUGACCUGGAUGACCUCCUUCGCCUCUUUGGGUCUCAGUUUCCUCAUCUGUGAGGCAGGACUCCAGAGGGACAGUUUGCUUAGCUUUGAAAUCUGGCUCUGGCACAUCCUAGUGACCAUUUGUGUGGCUACAGUCAAGUGAACAUGGCUCUUUGUAAAUGGGUAUAUCAAGGGCCUGCUCCCAGGGAUGUCCUAGGGUUCCCAGGUCCUGCGGUUCCAGGGCUGGUUGGGGCCUUCCAGUGCAAAGCAAGCUGUCCCUGUCCCUGCCUGUACUCCAGAGAUGCCACCCCCAUCUCUGCUGCCAGCUCUGUCCUUACACCCUGACCACACCCCUGCCCUCUGUCCUUUCCCCUGCU